UGGACAGUUCCAGAAUAUUAUAGGAAUUUAACAGUAGAAGAACUGGAUUUAAUCAGAAAAAAUUUUGGCAUCCAAGUUGAUGGUGUUUGUGCUCCUCCACCAAUCUUGACAUUUGAACAUUUAAAAUUACCAAAAUGUCUUUUAAAGCUUUUACUUGAAAAGAAUAUAGAAACACCUACACCAAUUCAAAUGCAAGGAUUACCAUGUCUAUUGGAAGGUAGAGAUGUCAUUGGUAUCGCCUUUACUGGUUCGGGUAAAACUUUGGUCUUUUCCUUGCCAAUCAUCAUGUAUUCCUAUUUGAAUGAGCAUUUAUAUGCAACGAGACCUAAAAGCAUAAGGAGAAAUAAUGGACCACUAGGAUUAAUUCUCUGUCCUAACAGAGAAUUAGCAAAGCAAACCUUUGAAUUUAUAGAAUAUUUCUUUAAUGGAAUUAAUGAACAAGAAAAGAAACGAUCCCAAACCUUUAAGCUCAAUGUUUCUCUCUGUAUGGGAGGUAUCAAGGAAGAGAGAAUAUUCAAUCAAUCCAAUUCCAAUUCUAGAUAUUAUUCUUCUAAUAGUAGUGGUGGAGGUUAUAUACAUAUAGUUGUGGCUACUCCUGGACGUUUGAUUCAAAUGUUGAAUGAAAAUAAGAUUCAACUCAAUGAUUGUAAAUAUGUUUGUAUGGAUGAGGCAGAUAGAUUGAUUGAUUUGGGUUUUGAGGAGGAUAUCAAGACAAUAUUCCAACACUUGAACCUUAAUAAUAAUCACAUUCAAAAAGUGUUCUUCUCUGCUACCAUGCCUGAAAAGAUUCAAAAUCUUGCCAUGAAUACAUUGAACCAACCAAUAAUUGUAAAUGUAGGUAGAGCUGGUGCUGUAAAUUUGGAUGUCAUUCAAGAAGUGGAAUAUGUUCAAGAAGAAGACAAGAUUGUCUAUCUACUCCAAGCUCUACAAAAAACACCGCCACCUGUAUUGAUCUUCUCCCAGAACAAGAGUGAAGUUGAUACAAUUUGUGAAUAUUUACUAUUGAAAGGUGUAGAAGCAGUCUCUAUUCACUCUAGUAAGGAUCAAAGUGAGAGAGAGUAUGCUAUUGACUCGUUCAAACAAGGAAAAAAGCAUGUACUCGUUGCUACUGACAUUGUUUCCAAAGGUAUCGAUUUUCCAAAUGUAAAACAUGUUAUUAACUUUGACAUGCCUCGUGAAAUUGAAAACUAUGUCCACAGAAUUGGUAGAACUGGUAGAAAUGGUAAAACAGGUCUGGCUACCACAUUUAUCAAUAAGAAUCAAUCUGAACAAAUUUUAUUGGACUUGAAAUACUUGUUGAAAGAGGCAAAUCAACGUAUUCCACCAAUUUUACAAUCUAUUUAUGACCCUUAUGCACAUUUGGAGAAUGUUGAAUGUAAAUAUUGUCAAGGUAGAGGACAUCGUAUUACUGAAUGUCAAAAGUAUCACCGUGAUAAGCAAUUACAAAUU